CUGCCUUCAGUUACUUCCUUGUCUUGUUUUUUUCCUCUCUCACGACAGAUUUGUUACAGCUCGGGAAAAUAUGGAUCCCUCUCCACUGCUCAGGUCUUCGAAGAUUGCCAAGCCCAGCUUCAGAUCCUGCAGCGGAGUUGAGCUGGGGAAGCUAGCCGUGAGCUCUGGUCUCCUACGAGUCUCGUUGACCAAGAUCUUGGAGCUAAAUGGGUCGAUUGAUUUGAAUCAAGAAUCAAAUUUGAGAUUCCGUAUUACCGAAAAUUAUAAUGAUAAAUACAAUGUUGUUGCCUUUGUGGCGCCUCCCAUUUGCACAAGAAGAUACCUUUACAAUGGGGAUGACUUGGUCAACUCUGCUUCAAUUCUCCUAAGUGGUUCAGCACCUUCUAAUCGGUUCUACUUCUUGUGCUCUGCAAAGAUCCCUUCCUUCUCUGUUCACCGCCCUGCUCUCCAGCUUUUUGAUUCUGUGUUCAAUGAACUGUCACACGAGUUGCAGCUUCUGGAUUCAGAGACACCGCUGAUCAUCACCGGUUCUGCAUUAGGAGGAUCGGUUGCCUCUCUCUUAACCCUGUGGCUGUUGGAGAACAUCGAGCCAGGAAAAAGCGGCCCACUAUGCAUCACUUUUGGCUCACCGCUGCUCGGUGACACCUCUCUUCAACAGCUUCUUGAAAAUUCUGUAAGGAACUCGUGUUUCCUUCACGUGGCUGUUCCACAAGAUCCCCUUCCAAAACUUCUGGUUACGCGAAACGGUUCCCAAGCCGCGACUGUAUUCAAGCCUUUUGGUACCACCUUUUUUUGUUGUGAAUCUGGAUGCCUUUGUAUUGAGGACCCUGAUGCAGUCUUGGAGUUGGUAAGUGGCAUCAAUGGAGGCCAGAUUUCCGCCGAUUGGGGGAUUUAUGGCGAGAUUCUGCAUUGGAUGGAAAGGUCUUCUGUGUUCAUCGGAGCUUCUGAACACAUCUCAGACUGGUUUCAUGGCGAGAUGUUCUUGCAGCCAGACCAGAUGGGAAGGGGAGUGCAGGAUGACCUGAACGCCCGUGUGAUCGGUGGUGUUAUCAUGAGAAUGGAGGAAAGGGCGAAGAAGAAGCUGCGUUUUGACCCCUAUAAGAAACUAGAGCACAUGAAGAUAAACAUGAUACAAUUGGAAUGGUACAAAAAGGGAUGCAGGAGCGAUAAAAUAGGUUACUAUGACCAUUUCAAGGGCUAUUAUUCCUCUGUCUCUCAGCGCAUUGUGACAGUGGAGAAGUACAAGAAAGAGCUCAUGGAUUACUGGAACUCCAUGGUUGAAGAAGCUGAGAAGAAGCCUCAGACUGAUGUGAAGGUUUUCAAGUCACGGUUUCUCUUGGGUGGCAACACCUAUAGACGGAUGGUCGAGCCCCUUGAUAUCGCUGAACAUUAUAGAAACGGCCGAAAGGACUACAUGGCUACGAGGCCCCAACACUAUAUCCGUCUUCAGAAAUUGUUUGAAGAGGCUAUUGUGUCCGAGAAAUCGACGAAGACGUCGGCAAAAAAGGUUUCCUUUGAUCUUCUAACUUUGGAUACCUGCUUCUGGGCUAAAGUGGAGGAAGCUCUGAUUGCGAUCAAGGAGUUGCGGAAAUCGGAAAUCAGAGACGACGAGAGAGAGUCGCUGACCCUAAAACUGCUUGGGUUUGAGAGAUACGUGUGGGAGCUGAUCGAAAAACGUGAGGUUUCGCCGGAGAUUUUCUUGGAAAAAAGCAGUUUCAUGGGAUGGUGGCGCGAAUACAAGCAGACGUGCGUAGGAAAUGCGUUUCGUUCUGAUUUCACUGAUUUCAUGGACGACAGAACGUAUCUUGACUAUGGAACCGCUGAGUGAAACACGGUUGGGUCGAGAUUGAUAACAAAUGGGCCCCACGGGAGGGCAGACGUUAAAUAUAAGCCUGAUGGGCUUUUAUCUUUACGUAUUUUGUACUGGUGGACCUAAUUCGGCUGAAAAAUUGUGCCUAAUAUGCAAGUUUAUAUUGGGUUUGCAAAAUUUCGGGGAAGGGCUUUAUAAAGAUGAACUUAUUUCCUAAUUC